GUUCUCACGAGAAAUCGAAGACAGCAUCGACGACCAAAAAGAGCGGGCCGAGGAGGAGGAGGAGGAGGCCGAGGAGGAAGAAGAGGCCGAGGAGGAGUCCACCGAGUCCGAGCCGGAGCCUGAGCCAGAACCCCCCCUGGAGGACGAAGGGGAGGAGGACGCCAUGUCAGAACCCUGCUACUAGAGCCUGGGUAUGGCUCUGAGUUUCAGGGUCACUGACAAUGUGUACUGAUAAGACACCUGCAUCUCGGGAUCCUGAGAAGAAACGGCUGCUGGACUUGGCGGGAAAACUUCGCGGGGUUUUGUUGGGCGGGAAAUGCGUUUUCAAAUGAGGGGGGAGGGUAUAAAAAGGAAUGCUGGCAGACGCCUCCCAUUCUUGGCUUUUUCCAUGUCGAUGUUUCCGGCAGUAAACUUUCUGGUGACAACACAGCUAGUCUCGUGUAUUCAUUCAGGAGUGGCUGUAGUGAGCCGACAGUCUGAGAUGUGGAAAGAUGACUUGAAUAGUAUUUACUGUAUUAUAUUUAUUUACUUUGUUUUAUAUCCUGCCCUCUUUCCCUCAUUGAGGGUCUUGGAGUGGCUAAAAUAUGCACAAUUCAAUACCGUUCAACCUCACAUUCAAAUACAUAAAAUCACUACAUGUGAAAUCUAUAAUAAUAAUAACAACAAUACAUGGUAAAACAUUAUUAAAACUAACUAUAAUUAAAAUUCAAAAUCACUUCCAUCUCAUUAUCAUUUUCUACAUUGUGUUGUCAAAGGCUUUCAUAGCCGGAAUCACUGGGUCAUUGUGCAUUUUCCGGGCUGUAUGGCCAUGUUCCAGAGACAUUCUCUCCUGACGUUUCACCCACAUCUAUGGCAGGCAUCCUUUGAGGUUGUGAAGUCUGUUGGAAACUAGACAAGUGGAGUUUAUAUAUCUGUGGAAUAAUGUCCACAACCUCUGGGGAUGCCUGCCAUAGAUGUGGGCGAAAUGUCAGGAGAGAAUGCUUCUGGAACAUGGCCAUAGAGCCCGGAAAAUGCACAACAACCCAUUUUCUACAUCCAUUGCACUUCACGCGGUUAACUAUUGUCAUUCCUAAAUGCUUCCUUCCACAUAAAAGUUUUAUUGGCUUUCUAAAGGGUAAUAGGGAGGGCGCCUUUCUGAUGUCCCUCGUCAGGGAGUUCCAGAGCUGAGAAACCACAGUUGAGAAGCUCUUUCUUUCUCUCUCUUGUUUCCACUAGCCACACAUGCAACGGGAGUGGGACCGAGAGUAGGACUUCCCCUGCUGCUUGUAAUGCUCGAGCCGGUUAAUAUCAGGAGAUGCGGUCAGAUAGAUAGGUUAAACCUAAACCAUUCAGGGAUUUAAAGGUUAAAAUCAGCACCUUUAAUUGUGCCCGGAAGCACACUGGUAGCCAGUGGAGCUGCCGUAACAAGGGUGUUGUUUGCUCCCUGUACGGCACUUCAGUGAGCAACUUGGCCACAGAUUUUGGACCAGCUGCAGCUUCUGAACAGUCUUCAAGGGCAGUCCUACAUAAAGCGCAUUACAGUAAUCCAUUCUGGAUGUGACAAGGGCAUGGACCACCAUGGCCAGAUCUGCCUUCUCAAGGUACGGGCGCAGUUGGCUCACAAGUUUUAAUUGUGCGAAGGCCCCCCUGGCCACCAUUGACACCUGAGUUUCCGGGGUCGGCGAUGAGUCCAGAAGAACACCCUAAUAAUAAUGGUGAUGAUGAUGAUGAUGAUGAAACUUUAUUUGUAGACUGCCCUAUCUCCCCGAAGGGACUCAAACUGCAAACCUGCGUCUUCAGAGGGAUUGUAACCCCGUUUAACACACAGUAACGAGUUAGACAUCAAACAUUAGAUCAACUCAAUAAGAAAAUUAAAUAUAUAAGGACCAGAGAAACACGGAGGAAAAUAUUGACCAAAUCGUAUAGAACCCCAAUUAAAUUAGCUCACAUAAUUAAAUCAUCUACAAAAUUAUGUUGGCACAGAUGUGGAGGAAUUAGCUCCUAUAUGCAUAUGUGGUGGGACUGCGAUAAAGUACAAAAAUUCUAUAUCAAGGUAAAAGGGAAAUGGAAGGAUUAAUAGGGCAUAAACUGGAGUUGAAUAUAAAAGAAGUUUUACACCCAGAAAGUAGAGAGGAAGGACAACAUUAAAGGUUGGGCCAAAAUUAUAAAAAAUAUGACAGUCGCCACCCAAGCAACUGUGGUGUUGAGCUGGAAAGAACACAGAAAGUGGAAAGUUAAAAUGGUUUGAAUAUUUAGCAGAUGUUAUGCUCCAGGAUCACAUCCUCAAAAGGAGAACCAAAUAUACAUUUAAGUCGAAUCAAUUAAAAUAAAAUUCAAAUGAAGGAAAAUACUGCUUCUAGAGGUUGGGGGAGAGGAAGGAGGGAGGGGGGAGGAAAGGGUGUAAUAAUGUUAAAUAGUUGUGGAAGAUAAACAUGGAAUCAGAAGAAAAUUAAGUGAUUUUAAAAAUAGAAAAAAAAGCCAUUGGAAUUUUGAGCUGCUUCCAAAAGAGUCUAGUGUCCAGAUCGAGGGAAGUCGCCUCUAUUCUUCUUUGGUCAGACCUUGCCUGGAAUAACAUUGUGUCCAAUUCUGGGCACCAUAGUUCAAAAGAGAUAUUGACAAGCUGGAAAGUAUCCAGAGAAAGAGAGCAACCAAAAUGAUUAAAGGUCUAGAGACCAUGAAUCCCUCUGAGAGGCAUCCUAAAGAACUGGCUGUGUUUAUCUUGCAGAAGAGAAGGUUGAGAGGAGAAAAUGAGAGCCGUGUUUAAAUAUAUGAAAGGGUGUCAUAAGGAAGAGGGAGUAGGCUUGUUUUCUGCUGCCCUGGAAACUAGGGUUUGGAGCCAUGGGUUCAAAUGACUGGAAAGGAGAUUCCACCUGAACAUUCGGAAGAAUUUUCUGACUGUAAAAAGAGCUGUUCAGCAGUGGAAUUCUCUGCCUCGGUGUCCGGUGGAAACGCCUUCCUUGGAAACUUUUAAACAGAGGCUGAAUGGCCAUCUCUACUUUUUGCUUUUCCUGCAUGGCAAUAGGUUGGACUAGAUGGCCCAUGUGGUAUCUUCCAACUCUAUGAUUCUAUGAUCUCUUAUUCUUUCUUUCCCUUCUUUUACUCUUUCUUGCUUUCCUCUCUUUGGGUUGCUGUGAGUUUUUCAGGCUGUAUGGCCAUGUUCCAGUAGCAUUCUCUCCUGACGUUCUCGGGCUGCAUCUGUAGCUGCCAUCCUCAGAGGUUUCUUCAGAGGUCUGUUGGAAAUGAGGAGGAAUUUGAUGGGGUGCUGAAUGAAGAGAUGGUUGCUGAAGCCCUUCUCAAACUGGGGCGUUCGGCCCCUGGCACAGAACAUGUCUACCUCAAUCUUUCACUUUCAGACCGCCGUUUAAGUGACAUUAGCCUUCUUUGCAGAUACGUUCAUCUUGAGAAGCUCGAUCUUUCCAACAAUAAAAUUUAUGAGCUUUCAUGUGUCAGUCACAUGCCUUAUUUGCUAGAACUGGAUGCUUCCCAUAACAAACUUACCACGUACUUCAACUUCAAACCACCUAAGAGUUUGCAAGUGGUGAAUUUUGCAUACAACCGUAUCCCGGAAAUGCGAGAUCUUUCUGCCUAUCAGGCUCUUACAAAGCUCAUACUGGAUAACAACAAUAUCACAAUGAUCCAGGGUCUAGAGAAGUGCCACAGUCUGACUUACCUGAGCCUAGCAAAUAACAAGAUCACAUCAAUCAGGGGCCUGAAAAACCUACCCAUCAAGAACCUCUGCCUGAAAUCAAACCAGAUCAAAAAAGCAGUUGGCUUGGAAGAUCUAAAAGUGCUGCAGGUCUUGGACUUGUCUGGCAAUCAGAUCAAAAGUUUGGAAGGGCUGGAAGAGCACCCGCAGCUGGAGGAGAUCAACCUAGAAGAUAACCAGGUGUCUGAGCUGGGUGAGCUGGAAUAUAUUGAAUCCCUGCUUCUUCUGAGAGGGCUGAAUCUGUUAAACAAUCCUGUGCAGGAACACCCGGAUUAUUGGCUCCUGGUGAUUUUCAUGCUGCUUCGACUCACAGAGCUGGAUCACAAGAAAAUCACGGUGCAAGAUAAGGUUGCAGCUGUGAACAAGUAUGACACUCCUCCCGAAUUGGUGGCCGUCCAGGACCACAGGACCCACAUCAUGUACAGCAUGAAGCAGCCCCAGUGGAUCUUCAACAGCACGCUGCCCAGCCUCGACGCUCCCUACCCGAUGCUGGUGUUGACUGGACCGCUGGAGUGCUGGAAGAGGGAGCUUAGCCACCGUCUGUGCCGGAAGUUCAACAACUGCUUCAGAUACAGUCCCUGCCAUACUACAAGGGGUGCCUAUUUUGGAGAGGAAAAUAAAUUGGAUUAUUAUUUUAUAUCCCAGGAGGAGUUUGACAAAAUGGUGAAUACGGGGCAGUUUAUUGCUACUUUUAAAUAUAGCGGUUUCUACUAUGGACUGGGUCGAGACACCAUUGAAUCCAUUGCUCGGGAAGGAUUUGCAACUUGCGUUCAUAUGGAAAUAGAGGGUGUGAGAAGCUUGAAGAAUUCCUACUUUGAACCACGCUACAUCCUAUUGAUCCCACUGGACAAAGAGAAAUAUACCAGCCACCUGCGAAGGAAAGGGCUCUUCAGCCGGCCGGAGAUCGAGGAAGCGGUCAAUAGGGUGGACAUGUACAUCAAACUGAACCAGGACUGUCCAGGCUUCUUUGAUGCAGUCUUCAGCAUAGAUGAUUAUGAAGAAGCCUUCAUCAAGCUGUGUAACCUCAUUGAAGAGUUCCUGGGACAGUCACAACCUUCUGACUCUAGGCUCAUGGAUCCUGGAUCAGACAGCUCUUUCCUUUCAGGUCCAGAGAUGGCACGCAAUGCCCUCGAUAUCAGAGGAAUGUAUGGGUUAUCGUCGUCGCCACCUCCCCAUGAAUUUUUGGACUCUUCUGCCAAAAAUUAUGCUGCCAUCAUAUCAGCAAAGCUUUCAGCACAGAAGACGCCAGUGGAAGAAGCUUCUCUGCUGAGGCGGCAACGGACAGCCAGACAGGGCCUGAUGGGGAAAGCGGUCAGCUCCUACUCCCAGCUGUUUGAAAGGGAUCUCUCCAGCACAACUGGGACCACACAUGCACGCUUUCUGGAGCCACCCCCCUCUUUCAGCUCCAUGGGAUCAUCCAAAAGCUCCAUCAGCACCAGCCAUGGCAUCCUAUCCACAAGCCCAGACCAGAGGACGGGUAAAAUUAACAGAAUGUCCUGUUCCAAAAUGUCCUCAGCGAAAACAUUUUCAUCCAGAGGAUCAUCUUCCCGGUCACCAGCAGGUUACGCUCGUUUGUCGACUGAUGAGACUACUGCUGAGCAGAAGGACAGAACAGAUUUAGACCAUCCUGAGACCAAAGAGAAGAAGACCAGACACAAGCCUCCUUCUCCGCACAUCCCGCAAGUCAUUGUCCGCCCGGGGUCCAACACCAAGCCCGUGCUUCCUCCCAUCCCUUCGGGGAGGAAGAAGCCCGUGUCUACACCUGAAGCGCAGUUGAUCCCUCAAAGGCCUUAGCCCUUCUCCUCCCUCUCUUUCUCCGGCCUCAAGGACGGAUCAGCCGAGGCCGCCUCUCUUUCUGGAUGCUGCUCAUCUUUGCCAAAAACCUCAGCUGUGGUUUUAUGGCAAAGAAAGAAUCUCAAGGACAACACCCAUAGUUUUUUGCACCUUUUUCAUGAAAAGAUCCCAAAGCCAUUUGGGUUCAGGAGAGUAGUCUUUCUAAAUUUAUAUAUAUAUAAUGUAAUUACAUUUAAGUUCUUCUGUCUCCUUGCAUAUUGGGAUAAAUGAAUCCUCCUAGAAUGCUGACACUUCCCUUUGGCCUUAGUCAUCUGACAGACUUUCUAUAACCAUUUCUACCUUCUUUUACCAGAAAGACAAUCAUCUCAGUGCAUUAUUCAGAGAUAGGGAGAUAACAUUUUUCGAACAGGAUGAUGAAGUAACCUGUCAUUUUACUAUAAAGUAACUGAAUGUGA